AGAGAGAGAGAGAGAGAGAGAGAGAGAGAGAGAGAGAGAGAGAGAGAGAGAGAGAGAGAAGGAUGCGGGGGGGGCGUUUUCAGCAGAAGACCAGCGAAGAUGGAGGGGGGAGUCUGCGCAAUGCGGAGGUGUUGUUUGAGACGCGCUCGGUGGCGGAGAUCCGCCAGGUCGAGGUCCGGACAAGGGAGGAGAUUGAGGAGAAGAAGGAGGAGCUGCGGCAACUGGUCGGCGCAAGCUAUCGGGACCUGAUUGAGUCAGCCGAUUCCAUAUUGAAGAUGAGGAAAUUCAGCGAAGCCGUGACGUCCAACCUUGGGGAGAUGGAGGGGGCGUUCUCUCGCCUUGAGAAGAGCAUCUCAACGGUGUCAGUAACCCGCGAGACUCAAGAUGUCAGAGCGAGGAGGGAGAGAUUGUAUGCCAUCAGUAGCAGAGUGAAAUACUUAGUCGACACCCCGGAGAAAAUAUGGGGCUGUCUCGACGAGCACAUGUACCUUGAGGCCGCGGAGAGGUAUUUGAGAGCAAGGGAGGUUCACAAACUGCUGAUUGCCGCCGGUGGAGGAGUAGGGGAUGCGGUCGGCACUGUCGACGGCGAUACCGAAGGAGGAAGGAAAGCCGUCGAAGGAGGAGGAGGAGGAGAAGGGGAGUUGUUGUCGUCAUUUCCCUUGCUGCGGCAUCAAUGGAUGCUGGUCGAGAGCUUCAGGAACCAGAUACGACAAAAGAGCCGCGACAGAGUUCAAGAUAGGGGACUAACCGUUGGGGACUACGCCGUUGCCUUGUCUGCCGUGGCAGUCAUCGAGGGUAAUCUAUCUUCAGGGGAGGUGUUCUCUCUCUUCCUCGACUCUCAACGAUCAGGCUUGAGGGCUCAGCUCCGCUCUUCUUCAUCACCUCCCUCCUCUUCCUCCUCCUCCUCCUCCUCCUCCCCUUCCUCUGCCGCCCCCGCCGCUUGGGAGUCUGUUGCGCAGGCGUUCGCCGCAGCUGCAGCUCUGAUCCAGACCUCUCUCUGCCACGUGGGCGAGCUCUUCCUCGAAGUGUCGCCAGCGAAACCUGCCCUCCUCUUCAGCACUGCCCUCACCUCUGCCCCUCCCUCACAGCUGUUCGGUGGAAUCCCCCAACCGGAGAGGGAGGUGGAGUUGUGGAAGGGUUACAGAGAGAGGCUUGAGUCGACCUUGACCCCAUUGUCGGGGAAGAUUGUCGCAGAAUCUUGCUACAGGUGGUUAUCUGCGUGCGCCGAAGAUAUAGCCGUUGAGGGGAGGGCGUUGAUCGGGAAGAUAAGGAAGGGGCGGGAACUUGCGGAGAUGGAGAAAUGGGUGAGGGAGGAGAUAAGUAAACCGGAGGCGAUGGAGGAGAGCAAAGAGUGGUUGGCGGCGGCUUUCGGUUCCGCUGGCCCUGAUGUGUUCGCUUCGCCGUGGUCUAGUGUUUGUGAGCUCGUAGUUAAGGGGCCCGUUGACCUCUGGCAGGUCUUGUUUGACUCGAUUGUGGUAGAGAGGGCCAAGGCUAUAAUUAGUGCAUCGUUUGAGGAGCUGUCACUGGCGAAGAAGGUGGACGAGGUGUUGGUCGGGAUCGAGCCGCCGCGGCGCAGACGGAUGGAGGGGUCGGCGGUAUCGGGACGGAGGGGGAGGCGAAGGGAGCGAGGAGGGGGAGGAAUGCGGAGCGGUGGGGAGGCGAUGAUGGCGGACAUGAUGUCAGGCGCAGGGGCUGUGGAGGAUGGAGAAGAUGAGUGGAGAGAGGUGGACGAUAUUGGGAGCAUGGCAUGGAGUAUCGUCGCAGAUGGGCGGGGCGGGGAGGAGGAGGAGUGGUUGAGAGGAGGAGGUAGAGGAGGAGGGGGAGGGGGUACUCUCGACCCGGCCAGCAGCAGCGGCCGCAGCAGCAGCAGCACAACCACCUCCUCCUCCCCCUCUGCGUCGUUCUCUCUCUCCCUGUUCUCCGCUUCGUCCGCGCCGCUGGGAGCCAACGUCGCUCGCCUGAGGGACGGUUGGGAUUCAGCUCUCAAGGAGAUCCUGGAGGACACGGUGUUUCUGCUAGUGCGUGACGGAGCGGAGGAGAGAGGAGGUGUAGGAGGAGGAGGUGGAGUAGGCGCAGUGGGAGGUGGUGGGAGCGAGUUGGGAGAGAGAGUGAAUGCUCUCGCGCCUUUCUUACGAGAACGCUGCUUCGAAUCUGCCAAAGGGAUUGUCAGAGAGUUACAGGAGAGGCUCGAUAGAUUAUCGGCCAGUAUGGAGAAUUUGGGAGGAGGAGGAGAGGAGGGAGAGAGUGAUGAGGAGAAGAGAGAGAGAGCUUCCCGCCUCGUCGAGAGGGCACUGUUUAUCGGAAGAUUGUGCUCUGGAUUAGGUAAGUUCUCUGUAUAUCUACCGCUGAUAUUAGGGCCGACGAUGGAGUGGUGGAUGGUCGGGAUUCAUGGGCAGCAGCAGCAGCAGCAGCAGCAGCAGCAGAGGCGGCGCGCGGCUGCGCCUGGACGGAGGAUCUUGGGCGCAGCGGGGAGAUGGAGAGAUACCGACGGAGGAGGAGGAGGAGGAGGAGGAGGUAGUAGUAUGAUGCUGGAAGAUGGUCGGCUAUGGUGGAGCGGCAAGUCGAAGUCUGACUCAGGAGCAUGGGCGGGUGGGGGAGGUGGAGAAGCAGCUGCUGCAGGAGGACGAGGAGGAGGAGAAGGAGAAGGAGGGGAUCUUUCUCAAAAGCUCAAGGAACUUCGACGAAGUUUUCGUCGAGUCAGCAUCUCUGCCUAUUGUAUCUGGGUUACGUGGAGCGCGGAUCAGCUUGCCAUGCGGCUAGAGAUCGGCCUGCGCAACGAGGAGGCCUUAUCAACUACAGCUCGUCUUAAGCUUAUGCUCCGAUGCAGCAACGGGAUCGCAGCACGAGAAGGGCGGGCAGCUGCAGCAGAACAGCAGCCACCUCUGCCCCACCCCUCUGAAAUGGACACCCAGGGCAACCCCUCGAUGGACAAUGCCGCAUCCGGCAGUCCACGUGAGGCGUGCAGCUCGAACCCCCCGGCCCCACAGGCCCAGCAGGAGGGUUCCACUGCGACUUCUGUGGGAACCCUCGACGCUGCACCAGUCCGGCAGCAAGGAGACACCACGACGGCCUUCCUGGCCUGUCUGGGCACCUAUAUGCAGGAAGUCCAAGAGGAGCAGCAACGCGAGGCGGCAGCCGAAGCAGCACGCCUUAAUGCCAUAGCACGCGCAGAAGAGCAACGAGGCUGGCAGCAAGCUGAUGCAGCUGCCAACCAUAACAAAUCUCGAAGGGAUGCCGCGUCCGUCCUCAUGCAGCAGGAGGCCGCUCAUACCGCCGCACUCCAAGCAUGGCAUGUUGAUCCGGCGGAAACGACGGAACCAACUACGGAGGACCAGACUAAGUCAACUCUCACCAGCGUGAUGCACCAAGUAAUCCUCACUUGUAACUGGCAACAAGUGGAGCUGGCUCGGCAGGCACGUACCAUCACUGAGUACGAGGAGACUCUGAAGAGCCUCCACGCCCGCCUUGACAUGCUGGAGAAGGAUGACGUGCCGCACAGGCACACGACAUCAUCAAGCAUUGAGCCAUCGAUCCGUGAGCUGGAAGGACGGCUGGAUCACCUAGAAGUGAAGCGACUCCUUCCUACUCCGCCGGACACGGUUGCCUUGCUAACAACCUCCUCCACGUCCGGGGAACAUGUGUAUGUCGCCAGUCUUCGCGAAGAUUAUGAAGACGAUGCUGUCCAGCUGGUCCUGCCGUUGGACCAACCUCUCCACGUGCAAGACUCAUUUGCGUGUGCGACUUCAUCACCAUCGCCAAGUGAACCAGCAUCCUCGCCAACAUCACUCGGGGACUCGUUAGUGUGGUCUAGACUUGAGGAACUCGACCCAUUGACACCGGAGGACUUCCAAUGGUUGCCUUUUCCCUCAUCUGGUUCCUUUCCGAAGCUGCAUUGCAACGCCCUAAUGGCGGAUCUACGUAGCUACUUGCACGCUGCGGUACCAGCUCCGUUGAUGGAAGACGGAGUAACGGUUGUUGACCUUCGCGAGUACAUUGCGAAGAUUGACCGCGAGUAUGCCACGCAACGGUACGACGACACCGACGCACUGUUACUCUACGUCCGCAUUCAGAUCAGGAAGGUGACCUGCAACACCUUGAUAGAUUGUGGAGCUACUCGCAACUACAUCAGGCAGGAUUUCAUGACCCGCGCCGGCCUUGGGCCGCGCGUUCGAAGGAAAUCGCAGCCCACGCAAGUCACGUUGGCCGACGGUCGUACGCACAAGUCCAUUGACCGGUGCAUUGACUUCGUCCCCGUGUACUUCGCCCCACUUGCACGUGAGGCCGUGUCCUUUGACAUAUUGGACACAAAGUUCGACAUGAUUUUGGGCAUGUCAUGGCUGCGCAGCGAGGACCACUCGGUGAACUUCUACCGCUGCACCGUUCACGCUCGUGACCGGAACGGGGUACUUGUGCCAUGUAUGGUCCCCCCACCUCAUCCUUCGAGUGGUUGGCACGUGGUCUCCACGGUGAGCAUUCGCAACUCCAUCGCACGGAAUGACAUGGAGGAAAUGGGCAUUUGUUUCUUGCACGCCCUCCCUCCUCCCGACGAGCCAGCGGCGGAACAGCCACCAGAUCCACAUGUUGUACAACUUCUUGACUCCUAUGGCGACGUCUUUGAAGCCCCCGCCGGAAUCGUACCGAAUCGGCCAAUUCGUCACGAGAUCAUCCUCGAAGACGGGGCAGUACCUCCGCGCGGAUGUAUUCACCGUAUGAGUGAGGAGGAACUCGAAGUGCUUCGAGCGCAACUCGAUGACCUCAUUGACAAGGGUUGGAUUCGUCGUAGCUGCUCGCCCUACGGUGCACCUGUUCUCUUCGUUCGGAAGAAGAACAAGGAACUGCGCUUAUGCAUUGACUAUCGCAAGCUUAAUGCUCAAACCAUUAAGAAUGCCGGCCCGCUCCCACGCAUCGACGAUCUUCUCGAACGCUUGGGCAGCGCCAAGUAUUUCUCCAAGUUGGAUCUCAAGGCCUGGUACCACCAGCUCGAGAUCCAUCCAAGAGAUCGAUAUAAAACCGUGUUCAAAACAUGGUACGGGCACUUCGAGUGGGUCGUAAUGCCAUUCGGCCUCACGAAUGCCCCGACCACCUUCCAAGCGACAAUGACAACGGAGUUUCACGACAUGUUGGACCGGUUCGUGCUCAUCUACCUCGAUGACAUCCUGGUGUAUACCCGAACUUUGGAGCACAUCGUGCAUCUACGUGCUGUUUUGGACAGGCUACGUACGGCCAAGUACAAGGCCAACCGAGCCAAGUGCGAAUUCGCACAGCAAGAGCUCGAGUACUUGGGCCACUUUAUGACGCCGCAAGGCAUCAGUCCGCUUGCAGACAAGAUCAAGGCCAUCCAAGAUUGGCCGGAACCGACCAACACCACGAAGGUUCGCUCUUUUAUGGGAUUGGCCGGGUACUACCAAUACUUCAUCGGAGGAUACGCACAGAUCGCCACACCCUUGUCAAAAUUGCAGUCUCCACAGGUGCCCUUCCAGUUCACCGACGAAGUCCGCAGUUUGUUCCACAAAUUGAAGACGGCGUUGCUCCUCGCUCCCGUCUUGAGUAUCUACGAUCCCACCUUGCCUAUGAGAGUGACUACGGACGCUUCCGGCUACGACAUGGGUGCAGUUUUGGAACAACACGACGGAGUAGACUGGCAUCUGGUUGAAUACUUCAGCCAAAAGGUGCAUCAACUCCGUUGAUGAUGUGCGGAAGGAGUUGCUUGCGCUCGUCACGGUACUCAAGCGUUGGCGACACUU